AUGCGGAUUCCUCUCUAUGUGGGAAUGCUUCCUCCUAAUAUGACUCUGACCAUCGACAAAAUCAUCGAGACUAAACCUUCAGGGGUGGAUCUCUGGGAGGAGGGAGUGCCAAAACUUCCAUUUACCAUCACUUCCGCCCAAGCGGAAACAAAUCGCAACAAGGGCUGGAGAGGUGUAAGAAUCGGCGAUUUUGUAUCCUCAAUGUCAGGCUUCGGGUUGGGAAAGAAUGCAGGUGGUGUAUUUGACAUCAGAUACACCAUUGCAGGUCGACCAGACGAAGCUGCAGGAACCGGUGUACAAAACAUACAAGGCUGGCUCACCAUCAGUACAUCAGACUGGGGCAUCUUGGGACGACCUGACACGACGAAUUUCCAGUGGAAAGUUGGCGAAUCCAGCGUCGAAACUUAUGUUGCCGAUACGCCUGACCUCACAUAUCUAGACGACACGGUCAUCACUGUCGUCUAUGUACCCGAGAGCAAAGAGUACAUGGUUGGUGUUACCAACCAGGCAGAUACUAUUGUCAAGUUCAUGCAGACUGCGGUCAAGGGUAUUCUUACACUCCAUGAAGUCGCCGUGGAUGGAGUCAUCGACUUGGCUGGGGGGCACGUAGCUGCUGUUGCCGCCGGUCUUGGCAUGAAGGCAGUCUCCUGGGCUGCAGAAGAGAUUAGUAGUGGGGAUAAGUAA